UGGGAAGUUUAAACUGGUGUCCCCGCCCCGCUCACGCUCCGCUUAUAUCAACGCAUCACAGUCUCUCUCUCUCACUCUCUUUCUCUAUCUCUCAUUCUCUCUGUUGAAAAAGUAGCGAAAGCUUCUCUUAUCUGUGUCUGUGUAGAGCUCUAGAGACCGGUACUGAAAGUCGAGGAGCUCCCAACAACACAUGCAGGUUCAAUGAACAGUAGUUAGAUUUAUAUAUGCACAUAGCUCUUCUACAAGGCAGGCAACUAUGAACAAAGAAAAUGAAAGCAUUGCCAAAAUUGAAGAGCCUACUGCUCGAAUCACAAGAGCACGGGCCAAAGCCUUCGGGACUUCCAGUGGAAUAUUCCCCUCAUCAAGACCUCCUUUUAAGCAGGAUCAGAACCGUGUUCUUCGAGCAAAUUCCAAAAGAGCAGCUUCAGAUGAGAAUGAAAUUCCCAUGACUGGAAUCUGUGGACUUCAGCAUAAAAGAAGAGCAGUGCUUAAAGAUGUGACUAACAUUGUUGAUGAACAUUUGUAUAUAGACAGAACCAGUGCAAUGAAAGUUCAGAAGGAUAGAAGAGGUCUGGCGAAGAGCAAAACAAAGGUGGCAACAGAUAUCUAUGAGGGAUUCCCUCAGGAUGAAGAGGAUGUGAAGACAAAAUUAGCAGAAGAAUUAUCAAAGUUAAGAAUGUUAGAACCACAAGACCUCACAUUAUCAAGGAAGUUGCAAGAAAAAGGGGUUGUAGAGAAAAAUAUGCUUCACAGCACACGGGAAUCCAGUGCAGAUGAUCAAAUGCUUCUGGAACCUGAUUACAUUAGACCAGCUGGAAUGCAAAAGACAGAGAACAAGAUUUGCAUGAAACUGGGAGCCUCUAGUGGUUUAAGCAUUGUGAAUAUAGACUCAAACGUAAAGGAUCCUCAAGCGUGCAGCUUCUAUGCCCCUGAUAUAUACAAUAAUAGACGUGUUGCAGAGCUCAAUCAAAGACCUUCAAUCGAUUAUAUGGAAAAAUUGCAGCAAGACAUCACUCCAUGCAUGCGUGGAAUUCUCAUUGAUUGGCUUGUGGAGGUUUCUGAAGAAUACAAGUUGGUUCCGGAUACGCUUUACUUGACGGUGAAUCUCAUUGAUCGGUUCCUCUCUCAAAAUUAUAUUGAAAAACAACGACUCCAGCUCCUUGGUGUAACUUCCAUGUUAAUUGCCUCAAAAUAUGAAGAAAUCUGUGCACCACGAGUGGAAGAAUUUUGUUUCAUCACAGACAAUACUUACACUAGGGGCGAGGUAUUGAAAAUGGAGAGCCAACUUCUGAAUCUCUUGCACUUCCAGUUAUCUGUUCCAACCACAAAAACAUUUCUCAGGAGAUUCAUUCAAGCAACACACACUUUUUACAAGGUUCCUUGUACAGAGAUGGAGUUUUUGGCAAAUUACUUAGCUGAGUUAACUCUUCUUGAGUAUAACUUCCUAAAGUACUUGCCUUCCAUCGUAGCAGCAUCAGCCGUGUUCCUUGCCCGAUGGACACUCAAUCAGUCAGACCACCCUUGGAAUCCUACUUUAGAGCACUAUACCAGUUACAAGGCAUCAGAACUGAAAACUACAGUACUUGAACUGCGAGAUUUGCAGCUGAACACUAAUGGAUGCUCGCUAAAUGCUAUACGUGAGAAGUACAGGCAGCAAAAGUUCAAGCAUGUGGCAAACUUGACCUCCCCAGAACGAGUUCUAUCACUGUUCGAGUGAUGAACAGGACCAGGAGGCAGAUGUAUUCCAGAUGAAUUGAACUAUUUAUGUGAUGGCACUGUCUUCGUAUUGCAGUGCUUCGAGGCUAAUUGUGACUCCAAUCAUGAAACGAGUACCGUUAUUCUUAUCUGUUGCUAAUUGGUCUUUCAUCGUUGUUGUAGCAUUAUAUGUUACUUGUACUUCCAGAGCAAUUACAACCUGUAAUUGCUAGUGUAGAACAUUAACAAUGAUAGGAGUGUGUGUCUUCCGGGUAAUAACGCUUGAGAACUUCCCAACCUGUGAGAAGCCUUUCACAGUUACUAGAAUUAUUUGCUAGAUGGCAAGAAGGCCAUGGAAAUCUAGCCAUUGAUUAUGACUGUAUUUACAGAUUUCAUGAACACGCAUAAGAAAAACUAUGCCAAAACA